ACAAUUGCUGAGGUUAGUUUGGAAUUAGACGGUACUAUAAUGAUGAAGGCGGUGUAGUUUUGUAUCAAUGAACUAGUUUAUUCGUAAUUACUUGAGAUUGAUCCUUCUGUGAAUAAUGGAGGAAAAUGCACAACGCAAAGUUAUUAAACAGCGUCUCAAACAAUUUUAUGGAAGUGAUGUCGGAAACUCUGUGGACAAUGAUCCAUUAAAUAUUGACAGCUCUUCCUUUGACAUACAAAUGUACUUAGACAAAAGCUUCAAAACUAAAGAUCUUUCUGAUCUGAUGUCUGAAGAAAAAGCUUUAAGUGAACAAAUUCGCAGCUUGGAUUCUGAUAUGCAAACAUUAGUGUAUGACAAUUACAGUAAAUUUAUCAACGCAACAGACACUAUUAGAAUGAUGAAAUCAAAUUUCAGUUAUGUUCGCGCAGAAAUGAAUUCAUUAUUACAGAAUAUUGACUCUAUUGUCUCACUUUCUGAAGUAAUCAAUGAAAACUUAACAGACAAACGGAAGAAGCUGAGAACGCUGACAGCAACUCACCUGACUUUGAAUAAACUGAACUAUUUAGUUGAACUGCCAGUUAGCUUGAGAAAGUAUAUGAAUAAAUGUGAAUGGGAACAGACUGUGGCAGAUCUUAAUAAGGCGAAAUUCAUUUUAAAAAGUUAUCAUAAUACCCCGUCAUUCAAAAGUAUUCGAGAAGAUUGUGCUGAGAUUCUUACAGAAAUAUGUGCAAGACUUUGGCGUCAGUUUGAUGAGUCCAAUGAUGCAGUUGAAUGUUCCAGCCAUUUAAAAUUUUUGCAGCAGCUUGGGUUUUCCAGAAAAAAGUUAUCAACGGCCUUGCUACGUUUGACUAAACGUCAAAUUAACCAACGUUUGGCUUAUAUGAAGAUUUUGGUGUGUGAAGGUGACAAAUCAAAUAUUCCCAAAAAUGAGAUCUUUCAUCCUACCGAAAAUAAUGUUGAUUCUUCUCUGCAAGAGGCUAUUUCAGAUGAAAUGGAUAUAUUAUAUUUCGCCAAUCUCGUAACUGAUUCUGUCCUUAUUGAGCUAUCCGCCUUUAUCGGAGUACUCUCAGAUAUAUACUUCACAAAGCCAGAUGACAGUGAACCUAUGGAUACCAUUUUGGAUAUUAUAUCGGGUAAGGCAGAGAAUAAUAACUCAGAAACUGAAGUUAUUUGCAUUGAAGAACAAUUAGCAAGUUUAGUUGAAGAGUUGAUGCGCGAAUUUUUCAUUUUGGCCCGAAGUCGUUUUGAGCUAGAGGGCACAAACACAGAUAUUAACUUACUGAUUAGAGCUUUAGAUCGUAUCCACAGUCGAGUACAAACAUUUAAUCGGUCACUGUUAACAUCAAUCACUUCUGUAGAUAUUGAUGAUGAAUUGAUAGAUGAGAGAAACUCUGAAUCAUCACUAUCCACCAUAAUGAAUCGUUUUUCUUCACUGACGAGUCAAUUUUCAAAUUCUGUACUGGAAAUAAUUAAUCAAGUUGCCCGAGCACAAACUACAUAUUACUUUGAUAUAUUAUGUCAAAAUGCUGUUGAAUCAUUCACAGAUCUUCGUCAUAAACUAGCCAGUCAUGGAUUACAAACACUGACAUCCAAUACAACGAAUGAAGAAUUGACUAAAAUGAAUGUGAUGGAGAAUGAUGAUCGUCAGCUUGCUACACUUUUUGAUGCUCUUAAUGCAUCGCUUGUUUCUCAGCUGCGUAAUGUAUUGAAAUCUGAAGAGGCAUUUCUAAAUACUGAAAGUACAUUUUCCAGUGAACCACAAUUUCGUAAUUGUUUUUGCAUUGAUCAAAUUCGAGAAGGUCUUAUAGUUGGAUAUCUGAACUUUCUUGUACAAUUCCUCAGUGAUCUUGCAAAGACGGCUGUGUGUAAAAUUCCUGGUCCAAUUUUACUCAUUCUUGCAAAAAUGUGUUUAACAUGGGCGAAUUCUGGUACAGUCGGGCAUUUAAUAUCUUUAGCCGAUGAGUUCAUGUUAUGCGGUGCACAAAAUAAAGAAAUAAGCGAAGAUUUCCUGUCCGAUAAUGGAAGUAGGUCACUCACCACUUCGAAGGAUGUAUCAGAUCGUUUCAGAACUACUGGUAAUGAACUUCUGAUUGCUUUUGUCCGACUGGAAGGUACAAACUUGGCACAAUUGCUGCGAAAAAGUGUAGAAGCAAGGGAUUGGCUGAAAAAUUUAGAACCACGUUCGGUUCGUUCAGCUGUGAAGAGAGUAAUAGAAGAUCUGGUUUUAUUAGAUCAUCAAAUAUCAUGUACUCACGAGAAGAUGCUCUUUUUUACUCUUCCUUCCUUCCUAUCUGAACUGCAUCUUCAGGUUAGUCAGUUAUUUGCAUCUUGCACACGUAAUCGUGAUCGAAUUUCUGACUCACGUUCAAGUCGUAGUCUACGGCCUAGUACUUCAUCUCAUUAUAUAGAUGCUACACGAUCUGGUGGUUCUGGACAAGGCAUUCAUUGUGCUGAUUUAGAUCCAACUCUAGCUACUCAUUUACGUCGUCUUUUCACUCAGAGAGUCGAUAUUUUUGCUGCAGUUGAUGCUAAUCGGGAAUCAUUGCUUCUGGGUGUUAUUAAAAUAGGUCUGAAGACUUUAAUAGAGUGUGUACGCUUGCAAACAUUCGGUCGUUAUGGUUUACAACAAAUACAAGUUGAUUGCCGAUAUCUACAAAUACAUUUAUGGCAUUUCGUGAACGAUGAGAAGCUAAUCUGCAUGCUAUUGGAAGAUGUAAUAUACAGCGUUGUUCAGCGUUGUGUAGACCCAUGUUUCAUGGAAGAGAGUGUUGUUGAAGCAAUAUGUGAUCGAGCAUAGGAUACGAAUAUUUCGUUUCACAUUACAUCCGGCCUUCUAUAAUAUAAUAUUGAUGAUUUUCCUUUUUUUCUUGUUUAUGAAAUUGCAUAACGCAUAACCUUUGUCUGUGAUAUCUAUUCAAUCCUACUUCAUACAGUUAUUUUUUUUAUUGUAUAAUAUUGUGUCUAUUGUCUUGGUGUGAAAUUAAUUCCCUAUUAUUUACGAUACUUUAUCCUAGUGUUUUUAUAGUUUAUCACUUCGGAGUGAUUUCAAAUAACUUAUUUCAGGUGUUGUUAUGAGUUUAUUUCUCGGUUUAUUUCUAUUCUUGUGAAGCUUGUAAAAUUUACCAUAUAAAAUUUGUAUACUUUGCUGUUUUUUUUUUUUAAUUUUCAUGUGUCCGUGAUUGCUUUGAUUCCCACUUUCAUGGCUUUACUGGGCACAACUCUUAUAAUUUGUCACUGUAGUUGUUUGUGUGCUCUUCAGUGAAUUACCUAAACUUAUUUAGUUUAACUUAUAUGUAGUAGUCUUUCAAUGCAACUUCUGAUCUCUACUAACUUUAAGGAGUUUUUCGGUAGUCGUGUUUCUUAAGUUAGCUUCCUUUGACUUCAAAACUUCCAGCUUUAUUUUAGUCAUUAUGUACAUUACAGAGGAAUCAACUUUUUUAAACCAAUGUAACUAUUAUCUCCUACACAGUAAACUAAUGAAAAGAAUAUAGUUAGUGCAACUCAG